AUGGCUGGACUCAGAAAAUUGGAUGGCAAGAUCGUGAUUGUAACCGGCGGAGCCAGUGGGAUUGGAGCCGAAGCUGCUAAGCUGUUCACUGACCACGGAGCUAAGGUGGUCAUCGUUGACAUACAAGAAGAGCUUGGUCAAAACGUCGCCGUUUCGAUCGGUCAAGACAAAGCAAGUUUUUACCGUUGCGAUAUCACAAACGAAACGGAAGUGGAGAACGCCGUUAAGUUCACCGUCGAAAAACACGGUAAGCUAGACGUUAUGUUUAGUAACGCUGGCGUUAUGGAGAUGCCGGGAAGUUUCCUCGACUUGGAUCUCGAAAAGUUUGACCGAACGAUGGCGGUCAACGUUCGUGGCGCAGCUGCGUGUAUCAAACACGCAGCGCGUGCGAUGGUGGAGAAAGGCAAGCGCGGGUCAAUCGUGUGUACAACUAGCAUUGCCGCGGAGAUCGCUGGUCCGGGACCUCACGCGUACACUGCGUUUAAACACGCGCUUCUCGGGCUGGUUAAGUCCGCGUGUAGCGAGCUUNGGAAGUACGGGAUUAGAGUUAACGGAGUUGCACCGUACGCGGUGGCUACGGGUCUUAAUAGCCAUGACGAGGAAACGGUGAAGAUGGUGGAGGGAUAUUGCGCCGCCACGGGGAUUCUCAAGGGUGUUGUGCUUAAGGCUCGCCACGUGGCAGAAGCGGCUCUGUUCCUGGCUUCGGAUGAUUCCGCUUACGUUAGUGGCCAGAACCUAGCCGUUGACGGUGGUUUCAGCGUCGUUAAGCCAAUGGCCAUAGAAAGAGGCUGCAUAGACACCGAAGAUACGGAGUACAAUAGCUUGUUGUCGUCUAGAUCAGAGAGCCUUGGUUCGGCUCGAUUAUGGACCAGUUGCUGGAGAGGGUUACAUCCUGGCUGGCUGCUCUUAACUCGUUCCAUCUCUCUUGUCUCAAUGGCUGCUUUAUUGGCUUGGGACGUCUUGAUGUGGGAUGCAAGCAUCUUCGUCUAUUACACCGAAUGGACCUUCAUGCUAGUGAUGAUCUACUUUGCGAUGGGGACUGUUGCUUCUGCAUAUGGUUGCUUGAAGUAUUCCAAAGAGCUAGUAAUGGAAGAUGGUGAAAAUACGGUUGUAGUCAAGGUCGGAGAUGAAUUCAGGCAGAGAUUCCGGGUUUAUGGUUGUUUCAUGCAGACAAUUUUUCAGACAAGUGCAGGGGCUGUGGUGCUCACGGAUAUAGUGUUUUGGCUAGUUAUAGUUCCUUUCCUAUCGAAUACUCACCUCGGCUUGAACAUGCUGAUGAUAUGCAUGCACUCAGCAAAUGCUGGUUUCCUCCUGCUCGACACAGUACUCAAUAGCCUUCGGUUCCCUUUGUUUCGAAUGGGAUAUUUUGUGCUAUGGAGUUGCCUCUAUAUUAUCUUCCAAUGGAUCAUCCACGCAUGUGGCUUCACUUGGUGGCCAUAUCCGUUCCUCGAACUCGAUAAGCCAUUAGCUCCACUGUGGUACUUAUGCAUGGCAAUCGCACACAUCCCUUGCUAUGGAGCUUAUGCCGCAAUUGUAAAAGCCAAGAACUCGUGCUUUCCCUGUCUAUUCCCAAAUGCUUUUGUUAAACCCUAA